AUGGACGCAGAAGCCGGGGAGAACGCUGGUGAAGCGGAACAGAUAACAGAUGGCGAUUGGACUGGCACACACACACUGCCAAUGAUCUCGGAACAGAGACUGGAUCGUGUGUUCUCAUCAAACCAUGACAGGCCUGCAGAUGCGCCGGAGCGCGACCAUGGCCUAGACCCCGGGUACUUCGUUGUUACGUACUUGGUAAACACAAUCGACCGCUCUGUGGUGAGGGUAAUCCAGAGUGGGUAUGAUUUCUCCAGGCACGUGAACCAUCCAGUCUUCAGUCCAGAUGGGCAGAGCAUCGCGGUGACAUCGGACCUUGCUGCGGUGUCCACUAACCCAAUGUCGCCUCCAAUCUUCUUGCACUCGGUGAGGCCCUAUUGUGACAUCUUCACCGUUGAUAUCGACCCUGACGACAUGGAGGAGAACCAGGAUGUGGAGAAGUUUGCCCGUGUCACGCAUAACAGAUACGAGAACUCCACUCCUGCCUGGUCCGUGUUCUCGACUCAUGACCCGCAUGCACAGUGGAACCUCCUUGUCAUGGAGGAAAGUUACACCCCGUCGUGUCCGUAUGCAAAUUGA